GUAAUUUAAGCUCCACCCAUGGCACAUUCACUCAAGGAAGAUAUAAAUGACAAGGUCCACUCAGUUCUCAGACAAGGCUUUCCAAGCAAGAUGAAGCCCAACAUCAUCUUCGUACUUUCCCUGCUCCUCAUCUUGGAGAAGCAAGCAGCUGUGAUGGGACAAAAAGGUGGAUCAAAAGGCCAGUUACCAAGUGGAUCUUCCCAAUUUCCACAUAGACAAAAGGGCCAGUACUAUUCUGGACAAAAAGACAAACAACAUACUGAAUCCAAAGGCAGUUUUUCUAUUCAACACCCAUAUCAUGUAGAUGCCAAUGAUCAUGACCGGACCCAAAAAAGUCAGCAAUAUGAUUUGAAUGCCCAACAUAAAACGACAAAAUCAGAACAACAUCUACGUGGAAGUCAAGAACUGCUCAAUUACAAACAAGAAGGCAGAGACCAUGCUAAACCAAAAGGUCAUUUUCAUCUGAUAGUUAUACAUCAUAAAGGAGGCCAAGUUCAUCAUGGGAUACAAAAUCCUUCUCAAGAUCAGGGGAAUAGCCCAUCUGGAAAGGGAAUAUCCAGCCAAUAUUCAAACACAGAAGAAAGGCUACGGGUCCGUGGACUAAGUAAAGAACAAGCUUCAGCCUCUGGUGCACAAAAAGGUAGAACACAAGAUGGAUCCCAAAGCAGUUAUGUUCUCCAAACUGAAGAGCUAGUAGCUAACAAACAACAACGUGAGACUCAAAAUUCUCUUCGAAAUAAAGGGCAUUACCAAAAUGUGGUUGAAGUGAAAGAGGAACAUUCAAGUAAACUACAAACUUCACUCCGUCCUGCACAUCAACACAGACUCCAACAUGGAUCCAAAGACAUUUUUACUACCCAAGAUGAGCUCCUAGUAUAUAACAAGAAUCAACACCAGACAAAAAAUCUCAAUCAAGAUCAAGAGCAUGGCAGGAAGGCACAUAAAAUAUCAUACCAAUCUUCAAGUACAGAAGAAAGACGAUUCCACUAUGGAGAAAAUGGUGUUCAGAAAGAUGUAUCCCAAAGCCAUAUCUAUAGCCAAACUGAAGAGAAAGCACGUGGCAAGUCUCAAAAACAGAUAACUAUUCCCAGUCAAGAGCAAGAGCAUAGCCAAAAGGCAAAUAAAAUAUCAUAUCAAUCUUCAAGUACAGAAGAAAGACGACUCCACUAUGGAGAAAAUGGUGUUCAGAAAGAUGUAUCCCAAAGCAGUAUUUGUAGUCAAACUGAAGAGGAAGCACCUGGCAAGUCUCAAAAACAGAUAACAAUUCCCAGUCAAGAGCAAGAGCAUAGCCAAAAGGCAAAUAAAGUAUCAUACCAAUCUUCAAGUACAGAAGAGAGACGACUCCACUAUGGAGAAAAUGGUGUUCAGAAAGAUGUAUCCCAAAGCAGUAUUUAUAGCCAAACUGAAAACCCAGUAGCAGGCAAAUCUCAAAUCCAGGCACCAAAUCCUAAGCAACAGUCAUUGCAUGAUGAAAAUGCAAAAGGAGAGUCUGGCCAAUCUACAAAUAGAGAACAAGACCUACUCAGUCAUAAACAAAAAGUCAGGCACCAACAUGGAUCUCAUGGGGUACUGAAUGUUGUAAUUAUAGAGCAUGAAGAUGACAGUGAUCGUCAUUCAGUACAACGUCAUAACUACGACAGAAACCCAUUAUCUACAUAAACCUACCAUUCAGUAACCAGGUGAAAGGAUGGAUCAAAAUUAAGGUAUCACUUGACCUCAGUGAAUUCUGUGAUGUUUCUGAGAUGCACGCUCCCAUGUAGUUUCAGAUUCUUGGUCCAUGGAUGACACCAUCUGCCCAUGCUUCCUUGAAUUAGGCUUUCUCAACCUGAAGCCCCUUCAAACUUCCAAUAAAGAGAUCAUUUUCUGCUUCA